AUGGACUAUGGAGACCACACUCAUAGCCCACCGUCAGGCACAUGGCUGGCCACCGUCCAUGCUGCUAGCCUGCGACACGAGACCGUCCAAUUUAAGGUUGCUGUCCUCUUGCGGACACGGUGGACUCGAGCAGCCGUGUUGGCCACCCCUCUGGAGGCAGGUUUCCGGGGAGGCCAGCCAAACGGCCAGCCCGCGGACAAGGCGUCGUCGGACCAACUCUCCACCCUCAUCUCGCAAAAUGGAGAAUUGGCCGCAGGCAGCAGAAGACGGCCUAGGGGGGAAACCCGAAGCAGGUACGAGACCGACCCUCGUAAGUUGGCAACCUUCCUCAUCGUCAGGCUGUCUGGUUGGAGUCUACUUACUACGGGAUGCUCACCGGAGCUGGCUUUCCCUAUCUUACCCGAUCCGCGUAUGACCCGGUAA